CCCAGUAUUGUCUAGAACGAUAAAAGAUCCCAAGAAUUGGUCAUGUUAUAGAAAAUCAUUUCUGCUAAGUAGGUAGCCAUGCGAUGGCUCUCACGAUCUUAACGCGGAAAGAUCGGGCAAGACGACCCCGAAGUCCUUCGCGAUGUGCAGCAACAAUUUCCCCACUCAACCUUUAGUGUAAACACAAAGUCAUCAAUCGAACAACAUGGAAAGUCCUCAUGAACAUCAGCAGAACGUUCUGCUCUCUCGCAUAAUUACCAAUGUCGAGAAACUGAAUGAAGCGGUCAUGAUGUUGAAUAAGAGCUUGCAGGAGAUCAACAUCAACAACAUGGAUGUUGAGCUUGUCGCUCAGAUGUUUAAAAACUAUCAAUCAAAUGUGCUCUUCCACCUGGAAGCGACGGACAAUCUUCGCGAAGCAUCAUGAGAACACUCUGAUCUGAUUUGGACACAACAGUCCACAUGUUUCCUGCAAACUGCGUAACAAACAACCUUCCUAUACGGUCUGCAAUCACUCUAGUGAUCUGCCGGACAGCUAUUCAACGUCCAUGCUAUGCUCCGUACCCACAAGAGUAUCGCGUUCCGAUUGCAGACGGGAUCCUCGGGCCACGAUGUCAGCAACGGCUCCAAGGAGCUGCUUCCUGGAUCGCUUCAGGCGAC